AUGGAGUCUUCUACCUAUUAUCUCGCAGCUAGUGUGUUUGGCUUGCUAGCGUCCUUCCUUAUGUUGCGGAAGCAACGUCUUCCCGCGCCUCUCCCGCCAGGUCCCAAAGGCUGGCCCAUCCUUGGAAAUAUCGACGUUCUUCCUUCAGAUCAGGUUUGGCUUAAAUACUCGGAGUUGGGGCGCCAAUACGGUGGCAUUGUGUACCUCGAAGUCAUGGGCAGCCCGAUAAUCAUUCUCAACGACGCCAAACAUGCGUUCGAUAUGUUGGCUACGAAGAGCCGUAACUAUAGUGAUCGCCCAAAAUUCAUGAUGACAGGACAUUUUUCCAAGAUCGAAGCCUUCCAUAAUGUGUUACACGACGAAACCAGAAUUUACAUCGCUAGUAUCCUCAAGGAGCCCCAGACGUGGACUCAACAUACUGGAAGAUUCGCCGGGGGCAUUGUCCUCAAGCUCACCUAUGGUUAUUCCGCCGAGCCUCAGAACGAUCCGCUGGUAAAGCUCGUUGACGAGGCUAUGGGACACUUUUCCGAAACCGUGGGUGCCAAUGCGUAUAUGGUUGAUAUAUUUCCCAUUCUGCGCUUCGUACCUCGAUGGUUCCCCGGGACUUCGUGGAAGCGCAAAGCAGCGGAAUACAGGGCGAUCCUCAAACAGACGGUGAAUGUGCCCUACGAGUUCGUAAAGCAAAGGAUGAUUGGGACCGGCAUUGAAUGUUUCUUCCUUGGCAUGACACGGCACACCGACGAACAGAUUAAAGCACAGAUCGAGCUUGACAAUGUCCUUGGUUUUGGCAAUUUGCCUACCCUCGCUGAUCGCCAUCGCCUACCCUACGUCGAAGCGCUGCUCACAGAGGUUAUGAGGAUGUAUACACUCGGCCCAACAGGAAUCCCUCAUGCUGUCACCGAAGAUGACAUCCACGACGGCUAUUUUAUACCCAAGGGCACUAAGAUUAUCACUAAUAACUGGCAAUUCUUCCGUGAUCCCAAGACCUACCAGAAUCCAGAACGUUUCGAUCCCCGCCGCUUCCUAGGGGAAGGCCGUGCUAAAGAGACAGAUCCACGUGUCUAUGUUUUCGGGUACGGGCGAAGUUCACUUGAUUCACUUGAUUUGGUCCCGAAAGGCAUGCACCCAGGCGAUGCGGCAAUGUGGCUCGCUUGUGCAUCCGUACUGGCAUCCUUUGACAUACGGUCCCCAGAAGACGGUAAACGUAUCCUCCCUAAUCCUCGCUUCGUGGACGGGUCCAUUACAGCAUUUUGA